UGAAGGGAAGCGGGGCAGCAGAGGGGAGCCGGGCUGAGGAAGGCUCCCGUCCGGGGCUCGCCAUCGGAGCAACAUGUGGCAGCGUCACUUCAAGCCGCCGUCACUUCAAGUCGGGACCCCGAGAGCAAAGAGAAGCAGGUCAGCUCUACAAAACAAGAUGUGUGGGCAGAUCAUCCCAACCAUGUUUGUGUUGAUGGACUUCCUUCAGAUGGCAGCUGCCCAUUGCAUGGUCCAUCCAGUUCCUCCCAGGAACUUCACACUGCCCUGUGUGCUGCUGAAUGAGACCUUUCUGAGCCCUUUCUCAGCUGGGAGCUGGUCUGGUCUGAGGAGAGAACUUGGAACACCCAAAACCAAGUCUUUAAUGAAUGAAGAAAGUUUUCUGUGUUGCCUUUGGAGUGCCAGCAACAUUGGCUGUUCUUUGUACAGAGCAAGCAUGCAGGCAAGGAAGUUUAUUCCUUCAGAAAUAAAUAUCUCUGCUCCUCAGCAAAUAGAUUGGAGCUGGAACGUGGAAUGUAGGAUUAGAGGCAAGCUGGACCUGUUAGUUUGUAACCUGCAGCUUUUGAAGCUGGACCUGAGAGAUGACCUGAAGGUUAAUCUUCUAUACUCUGAAUCAGAGCUGUCCCAGGGAGCUGCAUCCACGAGCUCUCUGCAGGGGACAGUGAGGGUGGCUCGGUGUGACUGCAGGGAGCAGGACACCUGUGAGUGCCCGGUGGCCUCCCCGAGCCUCAACCACACCUACCUCCUGUGGCUGGAGAUGGUGGCUGGUGGCACAGCCCUGGGGUCCCCUCCGAUGUCACUGCAGCCCACGGACAUAGUGAAGCCUGAGGCCCCUGUGAACCUGCAGCUGGAGCUGGCUGAGAGGGGCCAGGUGAAGCUCUGCUGGUCCAGCCCCGUGCUGCUGCCAUUCCCUCUGCAGCACCAAGUGAGGAUCUCUGCUCCCCCGGGACACGGGGAGUGCCAGAUGCUUCAGGUUGCUCUGGAAACCUCAGUGGCCAUAGACAGUGCCCUACUUGACUCUCCAUCCUCAGUGCAAGUGAGGAGCAGGAAUCUCCGUGGUCCAGGGUUCUGGAGUGACUGGAGCACACCCUACAACCCCACUUUGGGAGCUCAAGUCCUGUACUUCCCUCCCAAGACCCUGACCAGUGCUGGCUCCAACAUUUCAUUUCUGUGCAUCUAUAAAAACAAAAGCAAGCCUGUAGAGGCCCAGGAGGUGGUUUGGUGGCUGAAUUUAGCAGAAGAAAUCCCAGCCAGCCAAUAUUCUCUUGUGAACAAUCGUGUAAGCAAAGUUACUCUUUUCAACUUGAAAGCAACCAAACCUAGAGGAAGUUUCUUCUAUAACGCUUUGUACUGUUGUCACCAAAGUAGGGAAUGUCACCAUAGAUACGCUGAAUUAUAUGUAGUAGACAUGGAUUUUAAUAUCUCCUGUGAGACUGAUGGAUACUUAACUAAAAUGACUUGCAGAUGGUCUGCAAACCCAACCACCUUGCUCCUGGGGAGUUUGCAGUUAAGAUAUUACAGGAGCCAAAUUUAUUGCUCUGACUUUCCAAGCCCAUCUCCAAACUCAGAGGUGAAGGAAUGCCAUUUGCAGAGGAAUCAUUCCUACGAGUGCACAUUCCAGCCUAUUUUCCUUUUAUCUGGAUAUACCAUGUGGAUAGAGUUUGAGCACUUCCUGGGAACACUGGAAUCCUCCCCAACUUGUGUCAUUCCAGCAGAUGUGGUAAAGCCUCUCCCCCCUUCCAACGUGGGAGCAGAACUCACCAGGAACGUGGGGCUGCUGAACGUGAGCUGGACCAAGCCUGUCUUUGCCAACAGGGAUCUGACCUUCCAGAUCCGCUGGAAUGCAGGGAACAGGGAAGGGAUUCCAUGGCAGCUUUAUGAAGUCCCAAACUCCACAGGCAGCUCAGCUGUGAUAAAAGUUGAGCAGCUUUGUGUGGAAUACGUGGUGCAGGUGCGGUGCAGGGAAUUGGAUGGAUCUGGAUUCUGGAGCGACUGGAGCAGAGCAGCCCAAACCCUCGUGCAGGACAUCAGAGCUCCUUUGCACGGCCCUGAAUUUUGGAGAAUCAUUUCUGAGGAUCCAGCAAGGAAGCAGAGGAAUGUUACACUUGUGUGGAAGCCCCUGAUGGAGAAUCACUCGUUGUGCAGCGUGAGCAGAUACAUCAUAAAGCACCAGAUCCCAGGAAACCCCUCCUGGGAGGAAUAUGUGGAUCAUGGCACCACCUGGUCCUUUCCAUGGAUUGAGCCAACACACACCAUCACCAUUUUAGCCAUGAAUUCUGUUGGAAUUUCUGCAGUUAAUUCUAAUUUAACUCUAUCCCAGCAAAUGAGCACAGUGGAUGCUGUGCAAUCUCUGAGUGCUUACCUGGUGAACAGCACCUGUGUGGUUGUGGUUUGGACUCUGUCCCCCCACAUCCCUGAGGUAACAUCCUUUGUGAUUGAGUGGAAGAACCUCAACAAAGAGGAGGAGAUGAAAUGGCUGCGAGUUCCUCCAAAUCUCAGGAAAUAUUUUAUUUAUGAUCACUUUAUCCUGAUUGAGAAGUACCAGUUCAGCCUGUGCCCUGUGUUUGCUGGAGGGGUUGGCAAAGCCAGAGCCACGGAUCAGUUUGCCAAAGGUGGAUUUGAAACUGGGAAUAAUGGCAGCCUCCACGUGGUUCUGCCAAUUGUUUUUUCCACCUCAGUGUUGCUGCUGGGAGCGUUGCUGGUUUCACAUCCAAGGAUGAAGAAGCUGUUCUGGGAGGACGUUCCCAACCCCAAGAACUGCUCGUGGGCACAAGGAGUUAAUUUCCAGCAGCCGGAAGCUCUGGAGCAUCUCUUUGCCAAGCAUCCCGAGCCAAUGUCAUUUGAGCCUCUUCUCCUGGAGGCAGAGAUCGUGCUGGAAGACAUCAGUGUCACCAAAGCCUUGGAAAAAGAAGAGCCACGGGAUUUUUUAGGAAUUGAUUCCAUGUUUCCAGCCCCCCAGGAGUCGGAAUGUGACUCCGCGUGCUCCAGCAGCCACUUCCAGGGCAGCAGCUUCUCCAGGAGCUCCCAGGACGGAGAAACCACGGCUCAGUGUGACCUCAAAUAUGCCACUGUCAUCAGUGAUUCCCAAUCCAGUGGGCUUUGCCGACAGAAAACGAACCCAAGGAGUUGUUUUGAUGAGUGUUUCCUAGCAGAAGAUUCCAUAGUUUUCGGGGCCUUCUCCAGUGGUGCUUGGGAGGUGGGCAGUGGGGCACUGGUGGCAUUCCCUGGCUCCCCUGGCUGGCAGCCCAGCAGGGCUCUCUCCCUGACUUCCUCAGAGGGAUUCUCGGAGCCUUUGGAUGACGCUUUCCCAGGCAGCGCUGAGCGGAGCCUCUAUUACCUCGGGAUAACAUCCCUGCAAAAGGGAGGGAGGGACAUUUUCCUGACAGAAAGUUCCGGGGGGAUGUGUCAGCUCCAAAGCACGGAUCUGCUCACGGAGGGGGCGGUUCUCCAGCACAUCCCAGCAAAUGUCAAGGAGUUUAUCCACAGCAGCCUCAAGCCUAAAGCCACUGUUCCCUAUGUUCCACAGUUCCGGAUGGCUGCAUCCAAAGGGCAGGAGGCCACGGAGAAAAAGUGACAUAAUCAUCCCCAAAUUCAGUAUUCCUGAAGUGUUUCCAGGUGUUGAUGCAUUCCCCAUUUUUCCUCUCCUGAUUUCUCCAGCUUGUUCUGUUUCAGGCUUCGCCUGGAGCCCCCAAGGGUGAGAGAGCAGGGAGUGAGCUGAUCCGGGGCCUGAAAUAUUUAUGUGGGGGAAAAGCUGGAAUGUGCCAUUUCCCUGGGAAUGAUCUGUGUCGCUGAGUCAGCCUGGAUGUGGUUGGAAGGAAUGGAUCAAGUAGUGAAAGGCUCAGCACUGCAGGAAGAGAAUCUGAAUUCCUGUGUCUCUGUUAAUUGGAUAAAAUGAUGUAUUUAAAAUGAAACAUCCACAUUUUAUUGUUGAACACAAGAUUCCAGACGGGGCGCUUUUAGACUGACCUCUCUUCCCAAGCUCUUUCCUAAGAUUCCAUGGGAGAAGAGACAGGAAUUUGAUCCAAGGAGCCUGCAUUUUGGAUUUUGGGGGAUCCAACCUGCCUGUAUGGCCUUGGAGAAGUCACUUUGCCUCUACGACCCUGCCAGGAAGCCUCAGGUGGGAGGAAAACCAGGUCUGGAUUUUCUGGGAUAAGCAGGAAAACAAACCCACUCCUAUUUGCAAGCCAAAGCUUUUUUUUUUUUUUUUUUUUAAAUUUCCUAGUUCAUAAAUAUUUUUCUACACCUGCCUUUUCAGAGAUCUAUUUUGAGGAGACAAGAAGGAUGAAUUUAUUGUGUAUUCCAAAGAAUAAAUUUCUGACAGACUUCAGAGAGACAAAACCAAAAGGGCAAAACCGACGAUAGCAAAAACCAAAGCAAGGGUGAAUUUAAGCCCAGCUUAACACACACAACCCCACUGCUGGUUUUUGUUAAGCUGCUGACCUAGCUCUUGUGGGGCUGGAUGUGACACAGAUUUGUUGUUCUGGUUUCCAAAAUGUUGUGUGGGGUGAGGAAUGAAAACCUGUUUUAUGUUAGGAACCAAAACUUGGCACUGUGAUUGGAGAGAAACCUGCAGGUUCCUGUAGCAUUCCAGGGGAAAGCUGUGGGGGAUGCUGGAUUUAGGAUUCGCUUCCUGCUGUUGGGAAGGGACAGGAGAGCCCAGUUCUCUGGAGAAUGGAGUGAUCCUUUAAUGGAAGGGUCCAGAAAAAUGAUUUGGUUGUGUUUGAAGAUCAUCUUUCCCAAGAAAUAAAAAGCUGGGGUUGAUUUUGGCCUGCACAGUCCUUUCCCAGUAGUUCCAUAAGGACAGGGGGAGCAUUAGCCAUGGGAAUGACGGGCUGAGGGACCAGGGGAGGCUUUCCUGGGAAAUGGGAGAAUGCAGGAGUUAGGAGAUGUGCAGGAGGUCUUUCCUCAGUGGACACUGGCAGAUCCCCAGGUUUCACCUCCUUCGGGAGCCCAGCCCGUCCUCCCGCUGCCAGCCCAUGAUUUUCCUAAUGGCCAGAGCAGGUGGUGCUCCUCAGGAAAACAAAUGGAUCUCCUCUGCAAAAAUCCUGCAGGAAAUGCAGCAAAUCUGAGCUGCUUCAGCAAAAGGAGAAGAUUUUAGUGUGAUCAGUGUAGAACCAAGGGAUUGAAUCCGUUCCACACCCCAUCUGCAAUCCCAGCGUUCCUGAGCGUGCUGCAAAUCCAGGUGCUGACCCACAGCACAGGGCAGGCCACAGCUCCAUAAAUAAUUCCUAAAACUGCCUCCCAGGCUGGCAUUUCCAUCCUGAUGGAAGGGACAUUCAAUCCUGCUCAUUACCUCGCUGUGCUCCCACAGAAAGCCAAAAUCUGCAUAUCCUGAACCCUCCAUCUGCUGCCUCUGGCUCCGGUUACGGCUCCGGCCGCUCCCUCAGGCAGCAGCUGCCUCGGGGAGGGAAAAUUGGGAGCUGGGGCCAGUUAUUUUCCAUCAUUAUUUUUUCCCUCAGCUUCAGGUCAGGUUGUUUCCCACAGCUGAGCCCUUCCCAAGCCACGGAGGAUUGCUGUUUCCAGCCACAGGAGGAAAAUGUCCCUGGCUUAUUCCUGGCUGAGCUGGAGGUGGGAAUGGGCAGUGCCUGGGGAUUUUGGAAGGUAAGGACAUUUUUGUCGGAGCCAGAAGAAGCUCCCACUCAUUCCAGAACAGCUGUCCCUGCAAGGGACACAGGUGUCACCCCGGGGAGGGCUGGAAGGGCCUUUGUUCCAGGAGCUGUCCUUGAAAAUGUCUGGAGUAGGGAGUCUGCUCGCUGCCUCCCCUGGGCUCCAGCUGCAUCUUGGCAGGAGAGCUGGGAAAGCCCUGCCAAGAACCAGGGAGAAAGUAGGGAACAGGGUCAUGCCGGGAUCUGCGCUGGGAGAAGAGGUGCUGGGGGAAAAACGGGUUUAAAGGAUGAUCUUCACCUUCAGCUCUGCCCUGAGGGGUCUCCUCCAGCCAGCGCCACUCCUGGGCUCAGUGCCUGGCACAUCCAGAGGGUCUCACCUGCCCCUGGGCACGGGGAGGGAAGAGGAACCUGUGGAAUUGCAUUUGGGAGCAUCCCAAGAGCAGCCACAGGAGUGACCCAGCACAGUUUCUGUUUCCUUCACAGGGAAAAUGUUGCUGCUUCUCCAGAAAUGUUCCUGUGCCACAAACAAUCCUGAGCCAAUUCCCAGGGAAUCUGGGCAUUUUGCAGAGAAAUGGGAUUUUUUGGCCGUGGCCUCACACUCAGCAGGAGAGGCCUUUUCAGUUUGAACCGAACAAUUUUAGGAACCAUGUGCAGCUUCUGAAGUACAAAUUAAGGUCCUGCAGAUUCCUUUUGAAGAGCAUUCAGGAGUGCAGCUCAUUUAUGUAAGAAAAUGAAUCAAAUGGGUCAUUUUUCCUUUUCCAUGUCA